CUUGACGUGCCGCUGGCGCUGAUGGCGGCGGGGCUGGCGGAGGGUCGCACCGAGGAGGGAGAGCGAGGAGGCGGGGAACCGUUGAGACAGAGAGAGGAGGCCCCGGCGGUACCGAGCGCCGACACACCGACAGACAGGCAGUAAUCACGCCGACAACAGGAGCAGCGAGGCCCGCAGACCGACACGGAGGAGGACGGACGGACGGAUGCGGCGGUACGGGUGUUUUUGUUUAUUAGCUACCGGGGGAUUUUGCCGUUAACGACAGCUGGAGGGUUCGUCUGCAGGCUGGGUGACUGAGAUCAUACACACCGAGAAUAUAAACACACGGGAUGCAGCGUCCGGGCACUGACAGUUCAGGCCGUCAUCCUGUCCCCCAGCUCUCUACUACAGCUGCAGCACUGGUGGUAUUUAGGUGCAGCAGUCAGUGCUAAUACCUGUGUUUGCUAGGUGAGUCAGUGAAACACCUGAGAGUCUGCGGCUGUGGGGGGCGCUACUCUAACCUGUGAGGCGGCCCUGAUAACCUACAGCAGCUCUGAGGACUCUCACUUAAUUGUGCACUAGCGCAUUUUGGUGCUAACGGACCUGGAACAACUACCAUAGGCCCCUGAAUCGUUCCUGCCUUGUUGGAAUCUCGCUGGUGAUGAGCUCAGUAGUUUGUCGUCAGAAUAACGACUCUGCCAGGCUAACGGCUGUGAACCUGUCACCUGCUCUGAAAAUGUAGAUUAGCUCCAUUUUGAAGCUACUUGAGGUUAGCAGCUAAGAGCUAGCACACCAAACACCUGCUCCCUCCAGAAGUAAAAUUCGAUUAGAAAACAAAUUAACUGAAAAUGUAGUUGGAUUCUCCAGGAUUACGUGUUUAGCAGCUAACGGCUAGUUAGCAGCUAGAGGUGAGCUUGCAGCUGUGGCGCGGGGCUAAGACCGGGCAGAGCAGGGGUGCGAUGGAGUACCACUCCGGUGGCAGCCUGCCCCUGCUGGGGAGACCGCGGUACUGCCCCGGGGCCAACGCUAACGGAGGAUACCUUUGUGAGACGGGACACUGCUGUGGAGAAACCGGCUGCUGCACCUACUACUACGAACUCUGGUGGUUCUGGCUGCUGUGGACCGUCCUCAUCCUGUUCAGCUGCUGCUGUGCCUACCGACACCGUCGAGCCAAACUGAGAGUCCAGCAGCAGCAGAGGCAGAGGGAGAUCAGCCUGCUGGCCUACCAUGGAGCCAACUCCUACCCCUCCUCCAUGCUGGACCUCAGUUUCCUGGCAUCUCUGAAGCUGCCGUCCUAUGAGGAGGUGGCGGCUCAGCCCUCCACCCCUCCUCCGCCCUACAGUUCUGUGUUCACCACCCCACGCUACCCACAACCCCCCCGCACCGUCGACCCCCACCUGCUCACGCAGCAUGGCCCCCUGCUGCACCGGCCACUCAGCGAUGGCCCCUCCUCCCUCAGCUCCGACAACAGCUCCAGUUGCUCCUGUGACUCCUGCUGCCCCUCCUCGCCAUGUAGCUCCUCCCUAUCGGCACCUGUCACAUACGAGACUGACACAAGCCACGCCUCCACGCCCAGUGAGGCCGCACCCCUCACUCUUGAUGUCACCAUGGAAACCAUCACUGCCGCGGCUACCUGCUUAGAGGUAAAUGAGGCACGAUUUGCUUCUGAGACGAUGGUUGCCACGGUGGCGAUUGACGUCAGCGAUGCAGAUGCUGCCGGAGCUCAGGAACCUGUUGCCACGGACUCAUCGGUUCACAACCAGACUGUUACUGUGGCCGUUGUUACCAGGGCGGCCUCCCCCCAGCCUGUGCCCUCUCCUGGAUCUGAGGUGGCCCUUCCUGUUGGAGCUACAUCUCCCAUAAAACAACAGCUUGAUCUACAACCAUGCACCCUGAUAGUUAGCGCUUGUAGCUCAAGCACAGUCGCUAGUCCAACUGUUGUUAACACAGCACUUCCCUCCAUCCAAAUAAUAAGCAUUGAGGACCCAGCUGAGGGCCCUGAAUCUACCCCUGCCCCAAAAAUCACUUCGCCAGGCCCUUCUACCCCAACAGAUAACACUUCUGACAGACCUACAACCAACCUAACCCCAGAUACCCUUGAUCCAACAAGAACUUUUGAUACAGCCGUUCCUAACAGCCCAACUUCAGUACCAAACCCAGAUGUCAGAAGAAUUUUAGCCCCGAUUACAGGCUCUGCUGGUGUCCCAACCCUGGACCCAAAUCCCAGCCUUGUGCCAAUCCUGGCACCUUCAAAGCUUACCCAAGCUCCAGACCCAGUGCCUACAAACCUUAACCAAACUGCAGAGACAGGACCGAAAAAUGUUAUCCAGUCUCCAGAAGCAGCACCUUCCAAUCUGACCCACUCUACUGAAGUGUUGCCAAACCUUACCCAAUCUGCAGAAGCAGUACCCUCAAACCUUAUCCCAGUGCCAGACCCACAAACAAAAACCACCGUGGUUCCAGAUUCCACACUAAACCCUGUUCUAACUCCUGCACAUUCAAACCUUAACCUAGCCACAGAUGCAGCACUCACUUCACCCACAUUAGCCCAUUGCCAGAACCCAGAGCUGACACCUGGGUCAGGUCUAGCCCUGGUUCCUGCCAGCCCAAUGUCCGACUUGCCCCAACAUCCAGGGGCUGUAGGCAUUCUUGUAUCUUGUCUAGAUCCAGAUGCAACACCAGCUGAUUCAGGUCCUCGCCUGGUCCUCUCUCAAUUCUCUGAGUCAGACAUUAUCAGUCCAUCAGAUGUCCAGGCUGGUCUUAGUUCUGGUUCUGGGUCAUGCUCUGGUAUUGGCUCUAGAUCAGGCACACUGUCUGCUCCUGCCCCAGUGCUCACCUUCCCAACACCUGCAUCCUCCUCUUCCUGCCCAGCCAUAACCAUAGAGCCAGAAUCUUCUUUUGCUCCUUCUCGUUUACCCCCUUCAGCCCUCUCCCCAUCCUCACCCCCAUCUCUUUCCUCUCCUCCAUUUCCACCCUCCCCUCCAGGCCUGCCUUCCACCUCCCUCCCAGCCCCAGCUUUACUCCUGGACCCCCUCACUGCUUUGCACCAGUCUGACAAAAGUGGAUCUUCCUCUGGCCACGCUUCCUCACUCUCCCCGUCACCUCGUGCCACUCAGUCCCCUCCAAAACAGACUCUCUUCUCCCCCUGUGUGGAUGUCUUUGAACCAGGACCUCCCAACUGGGACGACGAAGAGGAGGAGCAGGAGGAGGAGGACAAUGAUGAUGAUGAAGAUGAUGACAUGGGAGCCGAUGAAAGCCAGUAUAGGCAUCGUCGACUCACUGGCGACUCUGGAAUUGAGGUGUGCAGGUGUCGGGUAGACGAGGAAGAUGAUGAAGAAGAGGACGAGGGGCAAAGGAAGGAGGAUGGUAGGAGAGGAGGUGGAGGGGAGAGGGAUAAAAAAGGUGGAGGAAAUACUGAUCUCCAUGAUAGUGUGGACUGCCCUGCCAGAGGUCAGAUAACCACAGGGGAAGGACUUACACUGUGUAACCCCACCUCCUCCACCACGCCAACACCGGAGGACAGCGGCGAAGUCGUCAUUGUCAUGGAGACAGUGUGAAUGACAGAAAUGGGCGAAUCAAACCAUUCUUCAUUCAAACAAGGGAUGAAGAGAAAGAAAAUGAUGGCGUUCGCUCUUAAAACUGGAAGUUUGUGAACGCAGAUAUUGAUCAGUUACAUCAUAUCAGUAAAUGUUGCUUGUUCAGCAGCUGUUAGUCAGACCAGCACAGGUUCCAGGCUCCUGCAUGGUGAGUACAGGUGUGUUUUAAUAGAGAGGUGGGUGUUUACUCGGAUUGUACCCAAGGUUGAUAAAGUUUUACAACCUCCACGCUACAGAACCGCUGCCUGCUAUUUGUACAAUGUCAUGAAAAAUUCUGACCCAUGCUCCAUAUUUGAUCCCAGCAGAGUAACACCGGAGAAUUCUCUAUUCGAGACGAUUGUCUGAAUCUCUACCAGAGGCUAUGAACAGAGAGGAGGCUGAAACAGCUUGAAGCGAUGUGUCUGCAGAUCCACUCGGUAACGUUGUCAGUCAGAGUGAACAGUCUGAUAACAGAUUUCUUUAUGGAGCUCAAGGUGACACAGUUACGUGUCUGAUCUUCAGCUCGAAUUCACUACACUGAAUCAGUUCCCUUCCUCGCAAAAGUCUUAGUGUUAUUUAAAGGGGCGUGUCACCAAUUUUACACAUACAGGCUUCAAACUUUCAACACUAACCCCACGCAAAGGGCUGUGGAGUCUGCUUUAACCCCUAACUUUAUGGAAGUGUGGUACUAAAUCGUUGGAGUGCCCCCUUUAACCUGCAUCGUUGACAUUCAUAAUUACCAGCUCGGGCACCUUUAACCUGAACUACUAGUCAUUAUAAACUUGCUAACUAGCAGAAGAGUUUUGAAAAGAUAGUAUCACAGUCACACUGCUCUGUGGACUGAUCCACUGACGUUCAUUCCCACGAGUCGUAAACAUCAGAAUCAUUCCCAUCGCUGAUCUCUGUCCCACAUGGUUUGAACGCAGCAUGAAGACUGCGACACGUUUGCAUCAGAGCAUUAAACCUCUGUCAGAAAUUAUGUUGUCUUUCUUACGUCCAUCGCUCACCCACAAGAAGAGAACAACUUUAAAUAGUUGAACGUUAAGCAGAAGACUCCUCGCUUGUCUUGGGUGAUGACGGGGAUUUGGAAACGUGCCGGGGACAAAUUGGCUGCUUUGGAAAUGAAGCGGGCCCGAUGUAGGAGGAUGAUUCACUGACUGACAGAGGGAAGACUGAUUCAUUCAUUAGAGGGGACGUUUUGAUGAAGAAGUCUGUCAGGAAAGCGGAAUUAGGUGGGUAGUUUCUGAAAUGGGAAAGACAGUUUCUCAGAGCUGAUGCAUUCAUGGCAACUUGAUCCUAUAGGGAGGGUUUCAGGGUGGAGGGAUCAGUUGGUUUCCUGUGCGUCGGCCAUCCAGCAGAGAAAAGCUUCUGCGUAAAUAGGAAUAAACAAUGGGCACUGUUAGACAGAGACAAAGCACCAAACAGCACAGAGACGGGGACACGUCAUCAUUCCUGUCUUUGUCUCUUUCUCUGAAUUUGAGGUCAGAUGCAACAACAAGUCUCAGACACUGUUCAAGCUGCUUUCGGUCCCCGGCUAAACUCUUAAAAUACCUUUCACAUUGUGCACCUCCCAGUUCAUAGACACCUCCUUUUCAUUCAGAUCCUUUAUUCUGCUGAAAACUAAAUUUGCAUCAGUGGUCCAGCUCUUUCAGGGCUUUGAAAAGUGACAGUAAAAAUUGACAGCAACCUCAAACCUGUCAAAGAGCAGCGGAGCUGAGUCAUGCCGAAAUAUUUUUAGCCCAUUGUUGUAACAUAUUAAUGUUUCGUACGCUGUCAGAUCGAUCGGUGUGUCAAUAUUGAUAUUUUGUGACAGAAAGACAAAGGUAGAGUAUAUUUUGUCAAUGACAGAGUGUUGCUAACAUUUGUAUUGUACAUGCUGGUGUGUUUCUAACCACCUCCGAAUCUGAAGUUAGUGAAGAGCAAUAUUUUUCAUCAGCAAGAGUCUGUGUGUAAAUAACCCCCUCCACAAAAUUCAGGGCGGCUGCUUCAGGAAGGGUCGAGGGAGCUGCGACUGUUGGGUGGAAACCUUCGUACUCCAGGUGACUGUCAUGUUUUACAGGUUUCUCCUAAACCCUCCAGAGAAACUGAGAAAUACAUCAGGGUCAGAGAGAAAACAGUUUUUACCCAACAGCAGCAGAGUAAUGGUUGUCAAUGGUGACGAGUCGUUUCCAACACGCUCGAUGGAGGUGUACCAUCACACAUCUGUUAUACUUCGUCCACGUCACCAUAAUAACCUGUUUAGCAGAGUGAGUGAACUGUGUCUUACCUUUUCUGACACCUGCUCCCACAAAGUGCACUUGUUUUUGCAGCUUGUCGUGUAAGCUGUGUUAGAAAGUUCCACAGAUGUGUGUUGAUCCAAACCAGAUGUUGAAGCGUGUUGGAAAAGACACCAAAGAGUAACCAGCGAGUGUGCAGCGAUGUUUGAUUUUACCGGCAGAUGGUUGCUUGAAUGACGCCUUAUUCAGACUGGACGUACGGGAGGUACAUGACAGGUUCAGUCCGAAUGGGGCUUCAGAAAGCAAAGAAACAGCAUCUUGAGGCAAUAUCAUCUCAGAGGACAGUGAUGUUCUCAGGUCCCUGUGUAACAUGGCAGCCGCCGUGGUGCAGUGGUCACCUGAUGAUGGUUUCAGUCGCCUGUAUCAUUUAUUCAGCCUCCUCCGAUGGAAAGAUCUGGAGUCUGGUUGACUGAUCCUUAAACCCUGUGUCCAUGCUGCAUUACAAUACAGACUCGUCGCAAUAGGACAAUGGGUAUGACUUUGUGGACAGAGGUGCCCGCACGGACGCCCAGGAUGGACAAAGCUAUGUUGGACUUCAUUAAGAUAAAAGCAGCGUCCUGCCAUGGACAGGACGGGAUGGAGCUGAUUGACAGCUGGAGGUUUUCUGGACUGUGUGAAGUGUGCACAAGACUGGAUUCAUUCACAGAUGAUAAAAAUGACCCGGCCUCUCUUUUCUAAACCUCUGUGGGGAAACUCACAGACACAGGAAUCUGGUUUUGAGUCUGGACGUUGGAGAACUCGAGCUGAUGAUGUCUUCGAUUCGUCUCUGACUGAGGUCAAAAACGCGACCUCGUGCGACUGAAUCCAGGCAGAAUUCCUGUGGACAGAGGAAGAAGAGUUCGUAGAGGCUGAAGAACCUGAGAGAGCUCGAGGGUGACACCGAGCCGUCGAUGUUGUGGUUGAUGUUGUGGUUGAUGGUGUUUUUUGUUUACCUGAACUAAUAAGGUUAUAUAUCUCCACGGUUACAGAGUGCCAUUUCUACUUGACAACUGUUACUACUUAGCAUUAGAUAGAGCUGUUCUCGCUCUGCGUGGCUGUGAGCUUUCAACCGGAGUGACUGGGGAAAUGUCGUCUGUAGCUCAGGUUCCCAAAGGUUCUGCAGCUCCCAGAUCAGCCUCGUAAACACAGCUGGUGCUGAUGUGACGUCUGUUGACGUGUGUUUGGGUCGACGAUCUCCCUGUACACGAGGCUGGUGUUAGGGCUAAGCUAACUUUGGAAACCUGAGCUUUAAAUUUUUGUUUAGUUUUUGUAGUUUUUCAUCAAAUGUCUGUGGAUGAAAACGUUCAGAAAAUCCUUUCUCAGAGUUUCACGCUGACUGGAUUCACACUGACGGGUCACAUCUGGUUUUAACCCAAAAUCAACUCAUGGAUGAGUCAGAUUAACUCUAAGAUUCCUAAAGUGAAACGUCUCCUGGCUGUUAGUCCCACUCUACAUGAAGCAUGGGACAAACCUGAAGACCAGCUGAAUCCUACAGAGACUGGAUAAACCACACAUAACGAGUCUUUCCACCAGCUUACACAGAUUUAGUCUCUGACUGUGAACACAAACUGACUGGAACAGAAACCAUCAUAAGAUCCUGCAACAGGAAACGUAGGUCAUCAGACACAGAGCUGAGGAGAAAACGAGCAGACAAAAAAAUGUUCAGCGGUUGAUUUAAUGUGAUAAUAAUCAAAUCAAACCUGUGCUGACCCUGAAACAUGAACCCAGUCACAGCUUUAGACAACUCUGGAUUUUGGCCUCGUUAAAUUUUCACUGUUUGGGCUCUUGUUGACUGGAAGCAGCUCCACCUGUGCUGAAGAACUUAAUUUACUAAAACUUGAGAUUGUUCCUCCUGCUGUAGGAGCCCCUCCCUCUGUCUAAAGGAUGUGUCUCUCUUCUUAUCUCGUCUCUUCUGUCCUUCCUUUUUGCAUGAGGUUUGUGUCGGAGGGUUUGAAGGAAGCAGAGAAGAGAUCGGUCUUUAAAAUUCCUUAAUAUUAUGAUAACAAUGCUAAUUAUUAGUAUUAUCUAAUUAAUUGUGUGUGUGUGGACGUACGUAUGUGUGAUUUAACUAAACCAGCCUGUUCUAAUAGUGUGUGAAGAUAUACAGAAUAAAACUGU